UUCCACCACAAAUUUGGUGUCAGAAGUGGGAUCGCAAGAGUGAGAGUUUCUGGAUCCCGGCUUCAAAGGUGAUAGUGCACGUCCUGGAGAAAUAUCUUCAGCUUCAUCCUCCCCAGAAAAGGACGGGUCGAGACGGAGGACCUGAGAUCCGGACCAGACUCUUUCACCUCUGCGAUCGACACAACUCAAUGUGUGUUAAAAUGCAGCAGAUCGACCCUGACUCCGACCAGGCGCCGCCAAGACAACUCCAACAUCAGGCUGCUCCAGACGAUGAAGGGGGUGCAGUAGGAGGACAGCAAGCAGCAAUUGCUUUCCCAGCCGCACCGCCAGGCAUCAUGGUUCCACCAAUCUACCCACCACUGCCGGACAGUUGCUUGACCUAUUCUAGUUCAAGCCACACUAGAACUGAACUUAAGUAUGGCUUUCCACCGCCAUACCAGAAUCCUAAAGGAGGACAGGAUGUUCGUGCAGACCCAAUUUCAUCAUGGGAGUCUCAUCUUCGUAACAGUUUUCUGCAAGGCAUGAUUCCAGCUAUUGCUGACCAGAUUGAACAUUCCUGUAUUACAUGGGAAACUGGUAAACUUCAUGAGAUUGAACAAUAUGCUGUCCAUGCUGAAAAACUCCUCAAUGAUCAGCAAAAAAGAAAAUCUGCAAAACAAGCUGAACAACUCCAUCUUGCUACACUCACAAUGUUUCAGUCUACAUUCAGAGGAGGCAGAGGAGGCAGAGGACGCGGUCGUGGCAGGGGUGUACGCAGAGGUGGUAGAGGGGGCCUGAACCGUCGCUUCAGAGACCCAGAAGCAUGUUUCAUUUGUGGAGAAAAAGGACAUUGGUCACGUCAGUGUCCACAGCUGGAGGCUCAGUAUGAUUGACAGCUACAGGCGCCUGGGGAGGAGGAGGGGAAGACUGCAGCACCCACACUGGAGCCAGAGGAGACUCAUCCUACCCAACAGAAUGGUGAAAGUACCUCACACACACACAAAAACACUUUGACUGAUUUUGACAAACUUUUGAAUGCUAUCACACACUUAGAAGGUGAACUAUUGAUUGAUACAACUCCACUGACAGGCACAUAUGUAAAAUAUGACGACGAAGUGUAUCUUAAUUUGCCAACAAUAGUUCUCACUAUUCAGGGACAGGAACUUAAGUUUUUGGUUGAUUCAGGAGCUACACAUUCUGUGAUUAAAACAUCUAACCUUUCUCCAAAGCCAAAAAUGAGUGGUAACUAUGUACAUUCAAUAGGCGCAACAGGUCAAACAGUUAAAGAAUGUUUUACUUAUCCUUUAAGUUGUCAGGAUGAUUGUAGGGGACAUUUCAAACAUGCCUUUUUGCUAUCAGAUUGUUGUCCCAUAAAUCUUAUGGGUAGAGAUGUGAUGUGUGCUUUGGGCAUUUGUUUAGUUUCCACACCAGAGGGUGUUAAGAUAAGGAGGCUCUCUGAUCUUAUUGCUCCUACUUCACACGUCUUUGUGAAGUACAGCCCACAAGCUCUGUUGUAUGUUUAUGAAUGGAAACUUGUUCCUUCUGCAGUCACCUCAGUAAAUCACACACUUAUGCAAACAGUACAUAAGGUCACAAACCAAACAGAUACAGACUACAUGCAGGAAGAAGAUUUACAUUGUACUGCUCAUGUUCAUGAAGGAAAGGAUGAAGAGUAUGAAAAACAAUGGUUUAAAGAAAAUCAGAAAACAGAUAGAAUGACACUGCAACACAUCUUUUGGACACAACAUCGUUGUGCAGUCUCUGUUGCUAAACCUAAAACUGCAGCGUUUAAAUCUAAAUUUGAAACAAUUUCGGAUUUGGCUUUUCAUAAACAAUAUGAAUGUUAUGAUCCUAACUUUUUGUUUGAUGUUCCUGGUUCAUGGCCUCAUGUCUCUCUUGCAAAACACAAGCAUGAUCACUGGCAGGACCUUGGUCCAUGGGUUGAAAAAUGUGUGUACAGAACUGAUUGGAAACCAACUUCAGAUCCUGAUGUUCAAUAUAGACGAAAGCUUUGUUGUAUUGUUCAUGCUGAAAGAACAGUUACUUUGGUACCUGAUGAUGAAACACACACACAUAGUUGUUUUCCAUUUCUUUCACACACACCAGUAGAUAUGCUCACACAACACCCAGU